UACAGAAAGACCUGUUAGAAGACGACAUUCCUCAAUUUUGAAACCCCCAAGGAGUCCUCUUCAGGACCUCAGAGGUGUAAAUGAAACAGUUCAGGAAUCCAAUGUUUUGAGAAAUAGGAAAAGCUCUCGACGAGUCAGCUUUGCAGAUACUAUAAAGGUGUUCCAGACAGAGUCUCAUAUGAAAAUAGUGAGAAAGUCAGAAAUUGCAGAAACAGAAGCAGGAGAAAAUGUUCUAUUUAUACAGAAUAAGAAUCCAGAAGAUAACUACUGUGAGAUAACUGGGAUGAAUACAUUGCUUUGUGCUCCCAUUCAGACCCAGAUGCAGCAGAAAGAGAUUUCAGUUAUACAACACAACUAUCAAAGGAAGCAUGCGAAUGACCAGACAGUCAUCUUUUCAGAUGAAAACCAGAUGGACCUGACAACAAGUCACACUGUGAUGAUUACCAAAGACCUUUUAGAUUGUACCAAAAAUGAAAUGUCCACCAAGAUAGAUACCACAUCAUUUCUCGCUAACUUAAAGCUCCAUACUGAGAAUUCAAGAAUGAAAAAAGAAUUAAAUUUUUCUGUGGAUCAAAACACUUCUUCAGGAAAGAAAAUAAAUUUCAAUGAUUUUGUAAAAAGAUUGAAAAGAGGAAAAUCUAAUGCUUCUCCUUUUAUAGGACCUGAUAAAGAAAAUUCUGAGAUAUCCAUUCAUUCCAAAGAAUCACAUAAGACUUCUACAUGUCAAAUGCACACAUCUCUCAGUGUAAAUGAAAAUACCAGUAAUGUAACUAGAAUCUUCAGAGAACAAGAUGAUGGUAUGAAUUUCACCCAGUGUCAUACAGCUAAUAUUCAGACUUUGGUUCCCACAUCCAGUGAGGCCAGCUUACAGGAAUUUAAAAGUGAUGGUAUUACAAUUUAUGGCAAUGACUUUAUGGACUUAACAAUGAACCACACUACACAGAUUUUACCCUCAGCAGAUAAUUUAUCUGAAAUAGAAAAUCAAACUCAGAUUGUUGAUACUACAACAGGUUAUGGAACUAAAGCUCAAGAAAAGAAGACAAUCUUUAAGAAUAAACAGAAUGUUGCUUUUCAGGAUCCUUCCUUAAACCCUAAGACUGAAAUACAUAAUACAGGGACAGAAACUCAUACAGUCACACAGAUUUCUAACCAAGAUGUCAGAACAUUGGCCAUGAUCCCAGAAUCUGUAUGUUUUAGUACAACUAUUCAUGAUAAGACAUGUUUAUCUUCCAGUUUUAAUGAUGCCAUGGAAUUGACCAAGUGUCUCUCAGGUAUGAGAGAAGAGAAAAAUUUGCUAAAGCCCAACGGUAAUUAUUCUAAAAUAUAUCCCAGUCUAGAUACCAUCUGUCUUCCCAUAGAGAAAAUGAUUUAUUCAGGAGAGGAUAGCAUGGAUAUUACCAAGAGUCAUACAGUUGCAAUAGAUAAUCAAAUUUUUGAACAAGAUCAGACAAAUGUACAGAUAGCUGCACCAAUAUCUGAAAAAGAAAUGAUGCUCCAAAAUGACAUAAUCAUGUCAGAGGAUGGGGAAAUGAAUGUAAAUUGUAGCUCAGUUCCUCAUGUAUCUAAGGAAAGAUUACAGCAGAAUCUGGCAAAUCCUUUAUCUGUUUCAUUGACUGACAAGACUGAAAUCUUCAGAGGUGAAGAUAUGGAUUUGACCAGAAGUCACACAACUAACUUAAAAAAUCAAGCUCCUUUUGCAUCUUACACUGUAGCACCUGUGAAUACGAGUAAAUCUCACUCUCACAGCAAAAGCCCUUCAGAUGAAUGGGGAGAAAUGAGUAAAAGUCAUGUUGAGCCAUCCCAACAACCAGACAUAAUGUUUACAAACAUCCCAACUAAUACCUGGGGCAAAGAAAAAGAUCAGGUUUUGAAAAUUUCACCCUACCUUCAUAAAGAUUCUCCUCAGACAGCUGAAACCAACUAUAAUAUAAUAUACUCUGAUGGAGAUCUUGAUAAACAAGUAGCACUGAGAAAUAAUAGAAAUACCAUUUUGUGUGAGCAACCUUUAUUUUCUACCACAAAGCCAUUUUCUUCAGAAAGACAAUCUGCUAUGAAAAAUCCUAAUACUGCUGUUAACAGUCAUACAGCGAAAUCUGUACCAAGCCAGAAUUCUAAACUGACUGAAUCACUGAGGAGAAGUUUAGGCAAUCCCACACUUGAUUGUUCUCAUGACAAGGUAAUUAUUUGCUCAGAGGAGGAGCAAAAUAUGGAUCUAACAAAGAGUCACACUAUUGUCAUUGGAUUUGGUCCUGAAGUACAAGAACUGGGUAAGAAUGAUUUAGAAGAUACUAGCAGCCAGCUAACAACAGUAAACAGACAGAUAGCUGUAGAAGCUGAAAAAUGUAAUGAAAGUCCUAUUAAAAAAACUGACGUAUUUAUUUCUACUGGUAUCAUGGAUGUGUUGGAGGAUGAAAGUGUACAGAAACCUGCAUUUCUUAAUGAAAAGCAAGAUAUCAAAACUUGUAGAAGCAAAAGUAUUGGCAGACUAAAAAUUGACAAGACUAUUGUGUUUUCAGAGGGUGAUGAGAAUGAUAUGGAUAUCACCAAGAGUUAUACAGUGGAAAUAAAUCAUAGACCUUUAGCAGAGGAACAUGAUUCCUAUUUGGUGCCUUUGACAGGAACUUCUAAAACUGUUUUGUAUACAUGUGGGCAGGAUGACAUGGAGGUCACUAGAAGUCACACAACUGCCAUAGAAUGUAAAACUGUCUCACCAGAUGAAAUAACUACUAUACCUGUGGACAAAACUGAAAUGUUUGUAGGUAAUCAUGAUGAACUAGAAAUGACAAAGUCCCACACUGUUUUCAUUGACUACCAAGCAGUAGAAACAACUGUGCUUCCAAACAGACCUAAUUUUGAACUAUCCAACAAGGAAAGCCUAGAAAAACCAAAAGUGACAUCUGCCAAGGAGAAUGUUUUCUUUCCAGAGAAUGUUGAAAAUGAUCAUUCUGCAGCAAAAGUCAGCCAGCUAACACUACUGGGAGAGUGGUCUAACAGUGGUCCUAUAGAGAAAGCUGUAGCAUUUAUAGCUGAUGAUAAUAUGGAAGUGUCAAAAUCAACCAUUUGGAAAAAUGACAAAGAGGUACAACAGCCUAUAUUUCUGAAUGAACUUCUAUCAGGCAAAAGUCAGAGAAGGAAAAGCCUGAGACCCAAAAAUGACAAAACCAUUGAAUUUUCCAAGAAUGAUAAAAAUGAUAGGGAUAUCAUCCGGAGUUGUUCAGUGGAAAUAAAUAACAAAAGUACCCUGGAAGACAGACAGGACUCCCAUUUGAUGCCUUUGGCAGGAACUUCUAAAACUGUUCUGUAUACAUGUGGACAGGAUGACAUGGAGGUCACUAGAAGUCACACAACUGCCUUAAAAUGUAAAACUGUCUCACCAGAUAAAAUAGUCACUAGGCCUAUGGCCCAGACUGUAAUGUUUGUAGGUAAUCAGAGUGAUCUAGAAGUCACCAAGUGCCAUACUGUUUUCAUUGAUUGUCAGGCCAAGGAGAAAAUACUUCAGGAGUGCCCUGAAUUUGGAAUAAGGGAAGAAAAAACCCUGAGUGCUUCUUUUCCUAAAGAUGGUAGUUCUGUUCAAGAAAUCACUAAAAUGCAAACACUGGCUGUAGAACACAAAAGUGUUCUUCACACCAAGCAAAAGCAUCAUGUGAUACCAUUUACUCCUACUAAUACAUUGCCUAAGGGUCAAGAUGAAAUAGAAAUCAUCAAAUUCCACAGCACUACUAUGGAUGAAGAGGUUGUGGGAAAAGUUGUAGACCAGGCUUUUACAUUAGAAAAAGCCAAAACUGGAAGUUGUCACUUAAAUAAUACAGAUAGAAUAAAUGUGGAUUUUAUGAACAGUCAAGAAACUGCUAUUUGUGGAUCCAGUGAUAAUUAUUCCUUUUUAUCAAAUGUUAUUUCCUAUAAUUCGAAGGGUAACAUCAUGUCCUUAUGUGAUAAAGAUGAGAAAGCCAGUAGUUGCCCAGUGCAAAAUCAUCUUGCUUGUGCAGAUGAUUUAGCCAGUGAGCAUUACUUGAAAUCUGAGGGACUGCCUCUCUCUGCUCCUUAUUAUGUGUUAGAGAAGGAAAAAGUUUUUCAACCCAAUGCCAAAGGACAGUUAGAUUGUAUCAUUACAGUGCUCAAAGAUCAAGAUCUUAUUAAGGAACCCCAAAAUCAAUUAGUUAAUCAAACUUUAGUAUAUGGUCAAGAUCUGGGGGAGAUGACUAAGCUUAAUUCAAACCAAGUAUGUUUUAAGCUUCCAAAGGAUCAAAUGGAGGCUUUUGUUGAUAAUGCAGAGCAUAGUUUACAGAAGACCUUUGUUAGUGAUGUUUGUGUUGCUUCUCAGGCUCAUCUCUCAACCCAGCAAUCUCCAUUACCUCAACAAGAAAAGAGUAUUGUCAAUAAAGAUGAAACAAUAUUGUCUAAAGCUGGAAAUGAUUUAAAUACUGUUCCAGGAAAUUCCUCUGAACCUUCAUGUGAAAAUGAGUCCAAAAUGCUCAAUAAUGAGAAACAGUUUAUUAUAGCCUAUAAUAAAAAACUGAAGAAAAAUAUUCAAACAUCUAAAUGUAAUACAGCUAUAGAUUUCCACAGUAACUCAGACUUGACUAAGCAAGUUAUUCAAACCCAUGCCAAUCCUAAAGAAACAUCAGAUCCUGUAAUUGUUUCUAAUGCUGCAAGUUUUAGUAGUAUCAAACCAAAUCUGAAUAAUUUAAGUGGAAAAACUGAAAAAUUUUUAGAUUUUCAAACUGUUCAUGUACCACCUUCUUCAGAACAAUUACUGGAAUUAGUAAAUCAGGCACACAAUCAUAUGAAUAUAGUACAAGCUACAGAAAUACAUAAUAACACAGUGUCCAGCAAUGUUAAAGAUGAUAAAGAUGAAGAAAAUAAAACUUCUCAUAAUGGAGCUGAAACCAACUCUGUAUCAUUAAUGACAGUUGUAAAAGAGAAAGUGAGGAGAUGUUCUUUAGGAAUAUUUUUGCCCAGAUUGCCAAACAAGAGAAAUUGUAAUGUUACUGGUAUAGAUGAGGUGCAGCGUCUUCAAGCAGAGACAGCUGAUUUAAAUCACCUGGAAACUCAGGAAGUCUCCACUAAGGAUUUAAGCAUUGGAUUUGUUGCAGCUAAACUGAAGUUAAGUCCAUCUCAAUAUAUAAAUGAGGAAAAUCUUCCUACAUAUCCUGGUGAGAUUAAUUCCUCAGACUCUGUUAGCACAAAAACUGAAGAAAAGGCUUCGAUUGAGACAUACCAAAAAGAGAUUUCACCAUCUGAAAAUGAAAUGCAAGCAAUCUGCAAUAGCCAAAAAAGAACCUGGGUACAAGAAGAUGAUGAUACUGAAAAUGAGAAAAAAAUCAGAAAAAGUGAGAUUAGCUUUAAUGAUACUGCACAAGAUCAGGAGAUUUUUGAUCAUCAUGCUGAAGAGGAUGUUGGUAAAAAUGCUAACAGUGUAUUGAUAAAAAGCCUGAGCAGGACACCAUCUAGUUGCAGCAGUUCCCUGGAUUCAAUCAAGGCUGAUGGUACCUCUCUGAAUUUUAGCACACACCGUGAUAGUCAAAUGGAAUCACAGUUUCUGAGAGACACUAUUUCUGAAGAGAACUUAAAGGCGAAACUCAAAGAUGGAAGAAUAACAGUAAAGGAGUUCUUUAUACUUCUUCAGGUCCACAUUUUGAUACAGAAACCACGACAAAGCAAUCUCCCAGCCAAAUUUACUAUAAACACAUCACCUACUCCAGAAGACCUGAUGUUAAGUCAAUAUGUUUACCGACCCAAGAUACAGAUUUAUAGAGAAGAUUGUGGGGUUCUUCGCCAAAAGAUUGAAGAAUUAAAGCUUUCUACAUUGAACCAAGAUAAACUGUUGACUGAUGUAAAUAGAAAUCUGUGGGAAAAAAUGAGACACUGCUCUGAUGAGGAGCUGAAGGCCUUUGGAAUUUACCUGAACAAAAUAAAAUCAGGUUUUACCAAGAUGACUAAAGUCUUCACUCACCAAGGAAAAGUGGCUCUCUACAGCAAGCUGGUGCAGUCAGCUCAGAAUGAGAGAGAAAAACUUCAGAUAAGGAUAGAUGAGAUGGACAACAUACUUAAGAAGAUUGAUAACUGUCUAACUGAGGUGGAAAUAGAAACUAAGAAUUUGGAGGACGAAGAUAAAGACAAUCCUAUGGAAGAAUGGGAUUCUGAAGUGAGAGAUGCAGAGAAAGAUUUGGAACAGCUGAAAACUGAAGAAGGGGAGCUUCAAAGAAAUCUCUUAGAACUGGAGGUACAGAAAGAGCAGACCCUUGCUCAAAUAGACUUUGCACAAAAACAAACAAGUAGAACUGAAGAGCUGCUGGAUCAGCUGAGCUUGUCUGAGUGGGAUGUCAUUGAGUGGAGUGAUGAUCAAGCUAUAUUCACCUUUCUUUAUGACACAAUAGAACUCACCAUCAUCUUUGGAGAGCCAGUGGUUGGUCUCCCUUUCCUGGACAAGGCUUGCAGGAAGAUUGUUAACCUGAAUUUUCAAUCUCUGUUAGAUGAGGAUAAAGCUCCUCCUUCCUCUCUCUUAGUUCAUAAGCUUAUUUUCCAGUACAUUGAGGAAAGAGAAUCCUGGAAGAAGAAAUGUACAACACAGCAUGAAGUCCACAAGAUACUUCAAGAAGUCUCACUGGUAGUAAGCCACUGUAGACUCCUUGGAGAAGAGAUUGAAUUUUUAAAGAGAUGGGGACCAAAUUACAACCUAAUGAGCAUAGAUGUGAAUAAUACUGAAUUGAGGCUUUUAUUCUCCAGUUCUGCAGCUUUUGCAAAGUUUGAGAUAACUUUGUCUCUCUCAGCCUAUUAUCCUUCUGUCCCAUUACCUUUUUUCAUUCAAAAUCACCUUGGAAACAUUGGCCAAAAUGAAAUCACUGCUAUUGUUUCUAAAAUACCACUGGAGGACAACUACCUAAAGAAUGUAGUCAAGCAAAUUUACCAAGAUCUGCUGCAGGACUCUCCAUUUCUACCGCUAGAUCCAUGGACUGCAGCUGUAACAACUAAACACAGUGUACCUAAUAAUGAUAUUACAUCAGUCUCCAUUGUUAUUUAAUCUUUAUCUUUAGGUCAUAGAAAGAAGCCUAGUAAAAUUCCUUCUGAUGAAAUUAUAAUUAAUUUGUAUGGUUAGUUUUUAAAUCUCUGCAGUUGGGAAUGAUGAAAGGCCUCAUAUAGCAUACUAUUAACUUGCUCGUCUUUCUACCAAAGGUUUAAGCAGUAGACCACUUAAGGAGAAUUUCUUCUAACUAAAGUAGUACUCUCUCUCUCUGCCUUAGUAUAAGCCCUAAGGAGUAACUUUUAAGUAUAAGAGGAGAUGUCACUAUUUAGAAAAACAUUAGCCAUUUCCCCAUUUAUAUGAGCUUUUUAGGUUGCCUGGCUUCUGUCUAGGCCAUAUUUCUGAAGUAGAGACACUUCUGUCUACAAAGUACUCACCAUCCUUUUUUUCCAUUCCAGAAAUGUUAUUAAUAGAAAGCAGUAGCACUCAGCUAUUAGAAUGAUUGCCAUCUUUUCUUGAAGGCCUUGCCUUCUUUUAUUAUCUGGUAUUUACUAGUGUUUUCUUAAUAAGUAUAAUUUUUUAGGGAAGGUUAAUUCAUUUUGUCCCAAUACAUGUAUGCAAAUAAUAUGUAUUAAUAUUGCUUUUGUGUUUGUGAUGUAAUAAGAAGAUAGAUAUAGAAAUACAGAGAUGUGUAACAAGUUACCCUUCUGCCUAUGCCGUUUAUAUCUUUCUGAGAAUGCCUUACAGCAAGAUUCUCAGCCUCCUUUUAUUAAAUAAUUAUACUUCAAACAAUAUCACAUCCAAAACACCAUUUUUGCCAAGUUCUGGCAUCACUAAUGAACUUAAUGUGAAUAUUGGUUUCUGAAGCCACACCCUUCUUGUACACAAAGUAUCCAUUGAUAUUGAAUAAUCAGUGUUAUCUGUGAGAUAGACAAAUGUGAAAAAACUUUUACCCACUCUUUAGUCAAAUCCUAAUCAUGAUAAUUUUUGUUUCUUUUAUAUUUAACUCCAAACUAAAAUGUAUUCACAUUUUUAACUAAUUAAUCUUAAAACUUUGGUUUAUACUUUAGGAUCAGGUUAAAGUUCUAUAGGUCCCAUGAAUGUUGUUAUCCUUCUUAAUUGGCUUUUAUUUCUGAGCUAUUAGUCAAGAGAUCACAUGGUCUUAUAAGCUUCAAAAGUCAACACCAAAACUCAUUUGCCAUAAAAAUCAAGACGUAGAUGUUCCCUAUUGCCAUGAACUCCUUAAAAAAACUUUAAAAAUCACCCAUAUAGUCUGUUUUCCUUACAACUUAAAUUAGUUUCUUACUGGAGUUGUUUUGUUUUCUGUAAGCCUAAAAUGUAGUUUUGUUUAUGCAUUAUAGUGACCACAAAUUGACCAGGUCCAAGAAUGAUGUGGCUUGUAACAAUGGUCUCUGCUUUCCGGGGGUUAUAGUACAUAAAUUGUAAUAUUUACCUAAUUAUUUGCAUUUUUAUUUGUCCAAAGUAUUGGCUAUUUUUAGAAAUGUUUGGAAGGUUUUCCUUCACUGAUUUGAAAUAGAUUUUUUUGAACUAUUAAAACAAGUUUAUUAUAUGGAAUCUUUUUUAAGCAGUGUCUCUUUUUGAAGUGUUUUACCAAUAGACCUUUGAAGAAAUACCAAAGAAAGCUCCCUUUAGGAACAUCCACUUACAUGAAA